UUACCCUGGUUUUGGUAAACGAGAGUCCCUGCGACUAUUCUCCUCUCCGUCCUAGAACAACCGCACAGUAAAGACAGGGUCUGUAAUACCUAAUGGCUCCCACCAACCGCCCGGAGCACCACAUCAACCUCAACUACAUCCCCCAGCUCACCUCGCAGCCCCCGCAGUCUGCCUCUUCCACCACGUCGACCUCGCCGGUUGAGCCUCCCUCGUCCAGCGGCUCAAUUCGCUUCCCAAUGCCUGCUGGAAAUACUUCGAACCCCCUGGCCAAUGCCGCUGCAGGCGUGAGGCUGGGCGCAGGGUCCCCUUCGCAUGAAUAUGGUGGCAGAUUAUACUCCAAACGCGCACGCGAGAUCCAAGCUCAGGAAGGGCUGACUCCACAAAUGUGGGGACCACCCACAAGCGGCAACUCUACGCCUCUGCGUGAGACCAUCCCGGAGUCGCCCAACGGUGAGAGCUUCCCCGACUUCAACCAAGCUAUGCCAGAGACCGCGUCAGCUGCUCAGACAUCUACUCGGCGGGCCCGCGCUGGUACGCUGCCUUCACGAUUCUCUCCCUCAGCAGCACCAGGAGGACUUAUGCCGUCUGCGUCCCUCCUCCCCAAGACGUCCCGACCCACUCCGUCGACAAGCCCCUUCAAGCCUGGCCCAGGCACGCCUACAGAGAGCACUGGGUUUGCGGCUCCUGGUUCUACCAACGCUGCUGCUAAGUCUGCCCUGCUCUCUCGUCUGAGAGCAGGCUCAAUGCCUCAACGACCGGGCUUCCUGCCGCCGUCUACCUCGCCCUUCGGCAACUCUAUCUUCUCGACAGGCUGGACAAGCAAUCGGGACCGCAGCAGCACGCUCCACAGCAUUGCGUCCCAGCCAUCCAAUGGACCGGCGUCACCAGUGUCGUCAUUCUCCCGGGACUCACUCGCUGAUACUGACGUGAAGACGUUGGAUUACCUUGGUCUCGUGGACACUCCUCAGCCUGCGCGCGCGACCCUUGCUCCCUCUGACAUUGAGUUGCUCCUCGAGGGCCAGAGGAAUGCUUUCAACCAGAACUCGGCUGCUGCUGCCAACCGCUUUCGCUCAUACUCAGUUAACGCCAAGGAGAAGUAUGCCGACGAAGAGGAUGAGCUCGACCAGGCAUAUGCCGGAAACUACAGCGGCACCAUGACACCAGCUGAGGCUAGCGCCUAUGCCAUCCACGAAGCUGUCCGACAACACAACCUCGAGGUGCAGGCUUUUGCCAACUUCGCCAGCGCGACCCGCCCUCGUGCUAGGACUGCGGGUGUGCUCGACUCGCCGUCGCAGCGACUGAUGCGAAACUACCUGCCCACCCCGUCUCGCCUUGACAGCAGCCUGAUCGCUGGAGACCUGACCGAGGACGCAGAAUAUAGCCUCACUGAGGCCGUCAAAAGCCUUCAGCUCGGCGGGAAGCCAAGCUCUAACCUUGGUGACGACAACACGUUGGAAGGCCCUACUCGAGCGCUAUGGUUGGGUAACAUCCCCUCCUCUACUACGGUCUCUUCCUUGAACGUCAUCUUCAACGCUUACGGCCCCAUUGAGUCGACGCGGGUUCUGACGCACAAGAACUGCGGUUUCGUCAACUUCGAGAGUCUCGACAGCGCGAUCCAAGCCAAGUCGCAGCUCAAUGGCAAGGAGAUCUUCCCCGGUGCGGGGCCUGUUCGAAUUGGCUACGCUAAGGUCCCAAGUGCGGCAGCUACGCCUGGACACACUGGCCUCUUUCCCUCGCCAAGCCCCGACCCGCUUGCCAAAUCGCAAGCGGAAGGCGCGAACGUGUCAACAAGCAAUGCAAAGGCAAACGGCGCCCGCGCCGAGACUGUGAACGCUCCGCUCACCACUCCCGAGCUCACAGACAUUCGUGGGGACAUCGUCCAGAUCGUGAAAGACCUCGGCGCCACCGAUGAGGAACAGCUACGGAUCUCUUCGCACGUCGACCAGGCUAUCCAGAACAGCGGUUACCAUAGUGAAAUACCUCCAGUUGAGGAGCCUAGCCACACUCGAGUUCACGAUGCCCCGAGACUGCGCGAGAUCCGGAAGCGCAUUGACAACAACUCGUGCUCUCAGGCGGAGAUUGAGGAGAUCGCCAUGAACAUGCUGCCCGAGAUUGCUGAGUUGUCGUCCGAUUAUCUCGGAAACACAGUCGUCCAGAAGCUGUUCGAAUACUGCUCUGAGCCCACAAAGGAGGCUAUGCUGCGAGAGAUUGCGCCUCACCUGGCAAAGAUUGGCAUCCACAAGAACGGAACCUGGGCUGCACAGAAGAUCAUUGACGUCGCUAGGACCCCGGCUCUUCAGCAGAUGGUCGUUGAUGCUCUUCAGCCUUAUGCCAUGGCGCUGUUCCUCGACCAGUUCGGCAACUAUGUCAUGCAGGGAUGUCUCCGAUAUUCAGCGCCCCUCAACAACUUCAUUUUUGAGGUAAUGCUCAGCCGUCUUUGGGACCUUGCUCAAGGUCGAUUCGGCGCUCGAGCGAUGCGGGCUUGCUUGGAGAGUCACUAUGCUACCAAGGACCAGCAGCGUAUGGUCGCGGCCGCCAUUGCCCUUCACAGCGUCCAGCUUGCGACCAACGCCAACGGUGCGUUGCUCCUGACCUGGUUCCUUGACACAUGCACCUUCCCUAGGAGGCGCACGGUUUUGGCUCCCCGCCUUGUUCCUCAUAUCGUGCACCUUUGCACUCACAAGGUUGCCUACCUCACGGUGCUCAAGAUCAUCAACCAGCGAAACGAGCCUGAAGCGCGCGAUACUAUCCUCCAAGCUUUGUUCUUCUCGCCGAACGAUCAGGUCCUAGAAGACAUCUUAGUAGAUCAGAACUGCGGCGCUACCUUGAUCUUCAAGGUGCUCACGACUCCCUUCUUCGAUGAGAAGAUUCGUGCAGAUGUCGUCCAGAACGUGCGUAAUGUGUUGCUCCGCAUCAAAGCACAACCUGCCCAGGGAUACAAGCGGCUGAUGGACGAGGUCAACCUUUCAACGCGCGGUGGACCAGGUCAUCGCGACCACUCGCAGACGCGUCCGGCCUCUUCUAAGGACAGCCCAGCCGGCUCUAAUAUUGAGCCUAGGCAGUUCUAUCCAGGUGUCCCACCAGCCGGUUUCGAUCCUGUCGCACUUCAGCGCACCGCGAGCAUGGAUUCCAAUGGUUUCGACCAAUACCCUAUGGGCGUCAGCGCUCCUAUGUUCAUGCCCAACAUGCCAGCUAUGACGGGCCCUCAACAGCUUCAAUACCAGCAGCUUCUCGCGGCGUCGAGGUCUCAACCCUUCUACCCACAGAUGAAUGGUUUCCAACCUCCCGUUUCCGGUAUGGAUGGUUUUAGAAAUAUUUCUCCAGUCGCAGCACCUGGAUUCGCUGGCUCGCCGAUGCUCCAGCCGGCCCAGCUCGGCCAGGGAAUGAGCCCGGUUAUGGGCGCCCAGAUGUAUCCAUAUGGGAUGUAUGUACCGCAACAGCAGCAACAGGUCGCUGGAGGUGGUCAGCGGCGCGGAAGGCGAUAAACGACCCAUUUACUUACCGUUCGGUGAACGAUGCAUCUUCGAGCAUACAUCUUUCGACUAUACGGCUUAUUGCGUCUAGAAUCGUACGUG